GUGUGUUUGUUCCACUUUGAAAUCAAUACACACCGGUAGGUAUCUACAUCAGCUAGAAGGUACAUACCUUUAUUACAUACCUUGCUAGACUUACGAAGUAUCAACGGAAGGGAAAGGCCGGCCAGGGAAAGCCGGGCAGAUUAGAAUCCCUUUAACUCCCGUUGUUUGUUUGCCUCACCCCCUUCACGAGACUUGGUCAAAAAAUAGGCGCUUCCCCGCUACUGGAGACUCACUCAAUACACCAGACUGCAUUCCUUUCACCACUUAUUUGCCUCACUCCUCCAAACCCCCCAGCUGUCGUACAUCCUGAUUUCUUCACCAAUCUUCCAUCAUUUACACUGAUCCAAACAGUCAGUCUUCUCCCGCACGACGACGAGAGAGGCAACUGAAGAAAAAAAAAAAAGAAAGAAAAAGAAAGAAAAAAAAAAACAGUUUCUGUGUUGUAGCUUGGUACAAUCAACAGCCUCGUCAGCCGCUUCGUUACCAGUCUUUCAGUAAAAUAAAGACAAGCAGAAGCAAAAAACCCAAGAGCUGAAUGUGGCCCCGCCUGCUCCGUGCCAUGAACAACAAGCGCAAUUAAAAAGGAAAACCCCCCGCCUCCCAAGUGUUACCUCACGAGUCGUUACGCGCAUCCAGACAGACAGACGCCCCCCCCCCCAGACAAAGGACUCACCCAGAUUGCGACCGGGUCGUCGCUAUCAAUCUAUUGCUCCCCACUCACUCAUCAUACGGAGGGUUUUGCCUGCAAUUAUUUGCUGUUUUUGCUGUUAUUGUUGUCGUUCAUUCGCAUACCUAACCUGCCAUACCACCCCCUAUCUAUUUUCAACCUUGAUUGACUUUCUUCCCAUGAAAAUAACCUACCUGUUCUUGCCUGAAAUCAAUCGUACGUACCUUUUGGCUUUCAUCACAUCACAAACUUUAGAUUAUUGUUGGCACUGUGACGCCCCCGCCUCCCCAGAUCACAGUACAGCGCGCACUGUACGGCAGCAGCCCACACCUUUCGCGUCCAUCGCAUCGCUGGGUGUUGCUGGACUAUCCGUUAGCAUAACGCCCUACCCCCGCGCUGGGGAACGGAGCUGGGGAGGCUCUGGUCGUUUUGCCCAGACUGAACCAACGCCACGGCAUUGCAACCCCCUUUGACUGCCGUGUGAUUUUUCUUUGGGCAAAAGAAAGAAAGAUUGAAAAUAAAGAACGAUAGAUUCCAGUCUACUAUCCUCACUUGGGCGACUGUGGUGGUGUACGGAAGAAGCUGUUUAAUGGACCUCGGAUCGUCGGCUUGUUCAAAUUCAGGUCCAUAAGAAGGCUGGUUUUCCAUCAUAGCGAGGAGUGUAAGAGAAGCAGCUACCAAACAGGUUCUCAGACUUCGACACGAUACCCAUCGAUCUGCUGAAUCCUAUAGCACCGACGAGAAGCCAAACGACUCGCCACUUUUCUUCGUUUAUAUGCCAGCUCCCGCCGCGCGCUCAUGGCGCACUGAAACCCAACAAGUCAACGCCUGAGCUGCAACACCUAUAAACAAAUGCGCCAUGACAUCGUGGUCCACUGCUCCAGGUACCGCCGCCCGAGAAGACGUUUACGAUCCCGAUGAAGUGGUACCAAAAAACAGUCCGUUAUUUCGGCCCCUAGAGAGGGUCGACCUCAAGUUAUCCCCUACCUCAUCUGUCGAACUCGCCGACCAAAAGCGCUACGCCGACGACGCCUCUAGCCCCGAAGGAUCAGAAGGCAAGCCAGGCCGUUCGGGACGCGGGGCAAACCUAGGUGAUGGGGUGCUGAUCGCAUUCCUUGACACGGAUGGUAGGAAUAGGGAAACGGCGUAUCUAGCUGCGCGUCAGGCACUGCCGUCAGAUUGUUCCGAGGAUACAGAGCACCUCGACUCGGAUGAUUCUGGCGACGAGGCUGGCGCCCUGGCUUCUAGUCGAAGAGGCAGCAAGACAUCUCGGAGUCACACUGUCGCUGCCGCAAGCGCGCCGAAUAAGAUAGACGCUAUGUUGGUAGAUGCGAGGACCCCGCCGCAGCCCACAGGAGAUGGAUCCCCUCCAGCUUUAAACGAUUUGCAAUCUCUGGCUAGCAGUGCCCUCGGCGCGCUGAACUUUGGAGACCAUCGAGCUGGAAUCGGAAAUGCGAAGUCGCGACCACCCACAAACCUCAACGUAUCAUCAGAUCGUAACAGGAUCCUGGUGGAUAGGGGAGGUAGGCGCGAUGGGCCCCUCAAGAGCUCAGGGGGCGGGUUGGAGAAGGAUGAUCAAGACCGAAUAGCGGAAGACCGAAACCCACCGCUCAGCGCCACAUCUCCAUACAGCCCGCGCAGUGGCGCAUACGCCCAUUCGCCGCCGCAGUCAGGCCUCUCUCCUAUUUACGCUGGGAUACUCAGAUCUCCAGCAUCGAUCUCAACACGCAGCCAUGCUGGUGAGCUGCCACCGAUUCAAGGAGUUUCAUCCAGGUCAGACUCGAACGCUAGUCAGAAUCCUCUACCGUCAAUUCGUGAUACCUUGGGAGACAUUGGCAGUUUUGGCGAGACAAGCCCUGGAAGUCGACGCGGCUCACUUUUCCCGCAUUCCCCGCCAGGUGGACUGCCGCCGCUUGGCAGUUUGACCGUUGGUUCACCGCCACUGUCACCAAAUGACGGCUAUCGAAGAUCAGACCUCCCGUCUCCUGGAUACAGUCUUUCAGCGGCCCCAAGUCCUUACUACGCUCAUCACCCGGUUAAUAAUUACCCGCGGCACAGCAUCGACUAUAGUAGUAGCAGCGCAACGGAGACUCCCGGCAGCACCGGCGACUAUGUCUCACCACCUGCGAAUGCACAAACCGCUGCCUCUGAUCGCAAUAAUGCCGAAGGCCUGUCGAUGCCACAUGGGACCUUUGUGUGUACGUUUCCAGGGUGUCCCGCACCGCCGUUCCAUACCCAAUAUCUUCUCAAUUCACACGCCAACGUGCACUCUUCGUCACGCCCGUGGUACUGUUCGGUCAAGAACUGCCCUCGCAGCGAAGGGGGCAAAGGCUUCAAGCGCAAGAACGAGAUGAUCAGACACGGCCUAGUGCACGAGUCACCAGGAUACAUAUGUCCUUUCUGUCCGGAUCGAGAACACAAAUACCCUAGACCUGAUAACCUGCAACGGCAUGUUAGGGUACACCAUGUCGACAAGGACAAGGACGACCCGAUGCUGCGCGAGGUACUGGCACAGCGUCCAGAUGGGCCCAGUCGCGGACGGCGAAGACGACAUGGUCCAGGAUGAUGAGAGACACAGGUCGGCGUGGUUUACACACGUUGGGGUGUUCUUGGCUUGCUAGAACCGAGAAACGAGGAGUACAUUGGAUGAUAACACCAUCGUAUUCAUCUGAUCCUGAGGGCCUUUGGCUCUUAUCAUUCCUUGAAUUUGGAAUUGACUAGCACAAGAGACUUUGCUUGCCAAGCCCACAGCCGAUGACCGAGCAAACUCUGAAAGAAGAAAACCGGACCACGCUUGUUUGAAUUUCCUUUGUAAAUGAUAUGGUAGCGAAUCUCUUGUUUCCCACAUUAUGUCUGAUGUUAACACGCCGGUGGUGAUGGAUGGAGUCUGGAGUUUCUUUACUAUACCACACUUUUUCUGCGCCAGCCCUGGAUAUUGGUUUUGGCUUUUCUAGUUUGCUUGUGCUUGUGUUUUUUUUUUCUACACCGGAUGGAUCACGUCAGCCUUUUGUGGGCUACCGGAUGAUGUGUGUACUGGCUUUUUUUUGUCUUCGGGAUUUUCUUUGGGAGGACAGCCAUGGCAUCGUUGGCAGCUUUUGCUUGGAAUAUGUUUGUCUCAGAGGCAGUUUAUAUUAUUUAGGACGGCUCGAAUCUACUCCUUCCUGCGGAGCUUUUGCCUGUAGCCUAUAUAUUUGAGAAUACGUCGACGUGUGG